AUGUCCGAUUAUGACAUUCGGCCAGCGGGGUCGCUGAAGUUGAAGGGAUCAGCGACAGACGGUGGAGUGGUCAAAAAGAAAAGAAAAAAGUCAAAAAUCAAGGAAGAUUCCGCUGAACCAGAACGUGAAAGCAAGAGAGUAAAAGAGUCGUUAUCAAAUGAACAUGUUGAUAGUACAGCUACCCCGCCUGGCAGUGGCCGUAAUUCUCCCGCUGCCAGUAGCAGUAAAAGCAAGAAAACCGACGCCGAGAAACGUUUCGAGGAAGUUCAGAAACGUCGGCUGCAACAACGUGUAGCAAAAAUGGCACACAAGACGCACAAGGACCGUGUCGCCGAGCUCAAUGCACACCUCGAGUCACUCUCUGAACACCACGAUAUCCCAAAGGUUGGACCAGGAUAA